GUCAGCAUGUAUUUGUAGUCGCCCUUGAGAUCGAGCAUCACAACACAAACGUCGCGUCGGCGUGCUGUUCGGAGCUGAAUUUGAUAUAGAGGAGUACAACUAAUUGCACAAUAUGCAUCUACCACGCCGAAAGAUUAUUGGCCUUGCUUUAGUUGUGGCGUUCUCCGGAUCGAUAGCGGUGUGGUACAGACACAUCCAGCAUAGGAAUACUGCAGAUUACCUUGAAAUCAUUAGAGGAGUGUUCAGAGCCGAGAGGCCGGUGAGACCCGAUUUUCGACAGGAGAACAAGUGCACAUCGAAUAGUCUACAGAGAAUGGGGAAACCGGGAUUCUUCGAGGGUAUCCCGAACGAGUUUCUUCCGGGAUAUAAAGGUCCGUGUUUUAUGAUCAGAGAGAAAGGCAAAGAAGUGCUGCGGUGCUUGCCUCAUUUCUAUAUCAUCGGAAUUACGAAGUGUGGAACCACUGAACUGUGGGAAAAACUGCAGUCACACCCUCAACUUUCCUUCUGUUCUGAUGAAAAGGAGUCUGAAUGGUGGACGCCGGAGAGAAAUCAGCUUAUGCCUUUCUCAACUUACCUGGAUUUAAGGUCAGCGAAAAUGGUUGAACAGUUCCAGCGGGAUGAAUCUCUGAGAAAAUGGCUUGUGACAGCCGAUGGGUCUCCGACCACGAUCUAUGAGUUCUAUAGCUGGAGGAAGUUUUUUGGCGAGAAUUAUGAUGGUCCAAAGUGUACCACAGCAGACCUUCUUUAUGCGGCACAACCACAGGCAAAACUCAUCAUAACACUUAGAGAUCCAAUUGACAGAUUGUACUCCCAUUACCUGCACUUCAACCACGAGAAGGGAUCAGUUGAAGAAUUUCACGAAGGCGUGGUUUCGGAAAUCGCAGAAUAUAAAAAAUGUCGGACUCGUCUGAGUGCACGGGCGUGUGCUUAUGCAGAGAGGCGCCGAAAUUUCGUGACAUUAAAUACUGGCCUAUACAGCGUUUUCAUUCGAGACUGGGCGAAGGUAUUUCCAUGGGAACAAAUACGGAUUCAAAGACUUGAUGACUGGAGAAAAAACUGCCCUAAGGUUUAUUCAGAAGUAUUAAAGUUUCUAGAACUUGAUAGUCUACCGGACCAAACUUUGAAGGAGAUUUGUUCUCAAAGAAUUCCAAAUUCAGGAACUGAGAAGCUAGUGAAGAUUGGAGCAAUGAUGAACAAAACACGUCAGCUGCUAGUGAAUUUCUACGCAGAGUCAAACCGAGAACUGAGUAAAAUGUUGGGCGAUGGUCGCUAUUUGUGGAAGCAAUGACACCAGAUAGUGCUUAUACUGCCAAUCAUUAAUUUAUUAAAUUGUUAAUAUUUAAAAUCAUUGGUGCUUCAGAAACACGGUCGUUGGAAUCAACCCUUAUUCCGAGGUCUUUCUUAAUCCACGAACUCUGAUCUAAAUGGUUAAUCAACAUCUUGACAAAAAUCUAGUAACAGAAAAUCUUCCUAUAACUUCCGUCCUAAUUCAAUUCUACCCACUGUAUAAAAACUACUUGAAAGAUUCGUUCAACGGCAAUUGAUUACAUUUUUAGAAAAUAAUAGACUCUAUCAGAAGUUCGGCUUGGGUUUAGAAGUUUACACUCCACCUUAACAUCUCUAUAGUUAAAGAUACAUGUAAGUGGAUGCACGCUGUUGAUCAGGGGAAUAUACUAUGGCAGUGUAUAUUGACUUUCGGCUUGGUUGACACUUAUUUCUUGAAAAAUUACGCAAUAUUUGUGUUUUUGAAAAAUGCUUGCCAUGGUUUAAAGGUUAUUGAUGUAACAGUUCCAUUUUCAUUUGUCUUGGGUAUACGUUUUCUAGUCUUUUUAAACGGGAUUUUUUUAUAAACCCCGUACUAAUCUUUUCCUUUUCUCACACGCCAA